AUGGCGGCACACGGCGCUAAUGGCGAGGCCUCUGUCGGCUCCAGUGAACCCCGUCAAAAGGGAAGAGCCACCCCGGAAACUAUUAGAGCAGGAUGCAUCGCCAUGGUCAAGAAAGAAGGUAUUCCACGCCGAGCCGAGAUUCUCAGCAUCAAGGAAACGAAGAGCGGUCGCCAAUUCUACUGCAACUUUGACAAUUUCAACAAGCGUCUCGACGAAUGGGUCCCUACCAUCCGAAUCGACUUCGACCAAGAUGUCGAGUGGCCGUUACCCGACAAAGACAAGCCUAAGGAUCCUAAGACGAAGAAAGGCGUUGCUACGUCAAAGAACAAGGUCUCCAAGAAGUCCCAAAAGAGACCUUCUAAGCGGGAGCAGUCGGCACCGUCAGAGGCCGCGACGCCGCACCCAUGGACAGAGUUCGUCGAAUCGCAGAGUCGCAAGAUGACGCCUACGGCCGAGGAAAGCCAGAGCCAGACUCCAGCGACGGGCGAUGCAACAGCCACUCCCGCAGCAGGGGGCGAUGAGAUGGAAAUCGACCUGGAGGAGGAAAUCCAAAAGAAGGAUUUACUAAGCGGCUUCAGCCGCGAAGACGAGAUCGAGAAGCUUAGGACACACGGCUCGAUGACGCAAAACCCCGCCGAAAUUUCCCGAAUUCGAAAUAUUUCCAAGGUCCAGUUUGGAAAGCACGAUCUGUUUCCCUGGUACUUUUCCCCGUACCCUGAGGUCUUCAACCAGGAAGAUGUUAUUUUCAUCUGCGAGUUUUGUCUCGGGUACUAUGGCGAUGAAAAGUCCUUCGUGAGGCAUCGGCACAAGUGUACUUUGCAGCAUCCUCCUGGCAACGAAAUUUAUCGCGACGAGUCUGUCUCCUUCUUCGAGAUCGACGGUAGACGGCAACGUACAUACUGCCGGAACCUCUGUCUCUUGUCCAAGAUGUUUCUUGACCAUAAAACGCUAUACUAUGAUGUCGACCCCUUCUUGUUCUACGUCAUGACAAGUCGAAGCGACAAGGGUUGCCACAUUAUUGGUUACUUUUCCAAGGAAAAAGAGAGCGCAGACGGGUACAACGUUGCUUGUAUUCUGACUCUACCUCAAUACCAGCGCAAAGGGUAUGGUCGGUUGCUGAUUCAAUUCUCGUACGAAUUGUCAAGGAUCGAGGGGAAGCUUGGUUCGCCUGAAAAGCCGCUUUCUGAUUUGGGUCUGCUGAGUUAUCGGCAGUAUUGGGGUGAAAACAUAUUGGACCUCAUCGUUGGUUAUAAUGAGCGCGAUGAGAAGACUACGAUCGAAGCCAUCUCGACGGCCCUUGCCAUAAUUCCGCAGGACGUGGAGCACACGUUACAAGCGCUUAAGAUGCAGGUGUAUCACAAGGGCGAGCACAAGAUUGUGAUUCCCGAAAAGCUGAUCCAGCAGAGGGAGAAGCAGAAGGUGAAGCAAAAGAGACUGAUCGAUCCGAGCAAGAUCCAAUGGAAGCCGCCAGUGUUUACAGCCUCCACGAGAACAUGGGGAUGGUAA